AUGGAUUCCUACUUACCAGUGCUAAUCACCCACUCGGGCUCUGCCGCCCGCGUGGAGCGUAGCUUCAAGGAGGAGCUCACAGUUGGUGAGCUCAAGAACAAGCUGGAACUUAUCACUGGUGUACAAACCACGAGUGAUGGCGUUGAUUACCUUCCAGCAAAAUUCCCAGCCUCAACGCCGAACGGAAGCGUUGCGUUUGAUUUAACUGAAUUGGCCAAGGUGGUACAAUGGGUGAAAGUCAAGCUACAAAGCACACGGUUCGAUGGCGAUCUCGGUAGGGUGAGCACCGGCAUCUCAGCCAGACCUGAGUAUAUUCAGCCGGAGUAUACUGUUAUGCCGGAGCCGAUUGUGGAUAGGG